GUCGCAAUAAAGAAACUCGCAGCUUCGGUUGAUUUUCCUUUGACUAAACUUUACGUUGUGUAUGGUUCCAAACGCUCUGCCCACAGCAUUGCGUACAUGUACGGUUUCUGGAAUAACAAACGAAUUGUGCUUUACGACACUUUGUUGAGUGGGGAAGGAAAGGAGAAGGUGAUCAAAGAAUGUGCCGAAGCAGCUGAUGAGAUGAACGAUAAGGACAAGGCCCGAGCAAUGUCCAAUGAUGAGGUGGUGGCUGUGCUCGGACAUGAGCUAAGACAUUGGGCAUUAUGGCAUACGAUGAUAAAUCCGAUAAUAGCUGAGCUCAAUAUUCUGCUGAUGCUCACCGUGUUCGCGUACUUCUAUCGCUGGAAACUGCUCUUCCAG